UAAAAAAACAAUCGAAAAAAAGGUUAACCUCUUACAUACCUCAAACAUGAUACAUGAGCUCACAGAGACGAAUAAGAAUAACCACAACCAGUAGUUCAAAAGGAUUCACAACUUCACCCAGACGCAAUAAAGUGUGUGUAAAAUUCAGCCUCGUUCUUUAAAAUAUUACGCGGACUAGUGAGGUAAGACGGGGGAGGCGACGCGAGCAUGGCGGGGGAUGGGGAGGCAAACGGGAGGAGGAGGUGGAGGAGGGAAGGAUAGACUGGCAGUAGGCAGCCGCGUGUUAAUCUAGUCGAAGCUCACGGUUUGAUAGUGACCAGUAGCCAACAGGUCACGUGGCGCGCGCUGACCAGUGACCGCUAAUCCGUGGCUGGCAAGGAGAGAGUGAGGCUUGCGGAGGACGAUUUAGUGUAAUGGCGCGCGUCCCUCUCCUCUGGGCACUUCACUGGUCACCUCACGCCUCGCUGCUCCUGCUGGCGUGGCUGGGACGUGGGUGCCUUGCCUUGGAGGCUGACGAGACGCGAGUAUUUGGGCUACAGACGGAGGAGAUGGGGCCAGGGAGGAAGGACGUGUUCUUGAGGUACAACUUCGCCCAACAAAGGACCGGCGGGCAGCCUCGUACGCUUCAGGAAGUUUCGGUGUGCUACAGAUUUCGGCUCGCGCGGUAUCGGGAGGCUGGCUGCAUGUUUUUCUCCUACGCCUACUCCGACACGAUGGAUAACGCUCUGCUUUUCUUCCAGAACGGCGACAAUCUCGAGUUCUAUUACAACGAUGUGAAGGAAUCGGCGCAGCUUAACCUUCAGGUGGAUGACACUCUAGGACUCUGGCACCACCACUGCUUUGUCUUCGCCCGCUCCACCUACAGGGUCUAUAUUGACGGGGAGCUUCUGGCAGAGGGGCGGACUCAGACACAGCAGACGGAUAUUCCUCUCAACGGCACUCUGUACGUGGGGCAGGACCAGGAUCGCUAUGACGGAGGCCUCGACCCCUCCCAGUCCCUCAGCGCCCACGUGGCCCAGGUCAACAUCUGGGACCACGCCCUCAGCCCUGCCACCAUCAGGAGCGCCGCGCUGUGUGAGGACAACCCGAGAGGCAACGUGCUGUCCUUUGACCUGCAGGAGGCGGAGGAGGCCAACGUGACGGUGGAGGAGGCACACGUCACCACCUUCUGCAAGAGCAACCCGGAGGUCGUGGUGGUGCCCCAGUUGUCCUCGCUGCAGGAGGCGAUGGCGUUCUGCGGCCUCAUGAACGCGUCUCUUUACAUCCCAGAGGACGAGGAGACGAACGGGAGACUGUUGAACCAGAGCCUUCAGUUCCUUGACAUCUGUGGCGGCAGGAGCUACAGGCUGCUGUUCCUUGACGCCACUGAUGCUGCCAAAGAGAACCACUGGGUGAGGGGGAGUAGCGGGCGCCCUCUAGCCUUCCACAACUGGGCGCCAGGGGAACCGAACGGCGGCAAGAAAGGAAACUGUGUGGUGAUGCGGAAGUCAGACGGCAGGUGGGGCGACACGCUGUGCACGGAGAGUCACUGCUUCGCGUGUCUCAGAACCCACCGGGACUUUCUGAUCCUGCGUGGCAUGUGUGAGCCUCGGGAGGACAUGCUUCGCUUCUACAUAAUGGGGUACGUCAACGAGAGGCCGUUCUUCAAGGGCUUCUACAAGUUCAUGAUCCACUACUCCGGCAACUCCUCGUGGCUACUCCGCGACACAAACAAAGACUUGGUCCUCGCCGCCUUCACCCCGAGCGAGGACGUGGAGUAUCCUCUGGGGCGGCGGCAGUGGCAGGUCCUGAGCAAGUUCUGUAAGUACUCCGUGGGCUCCUUCAUCAGUCUGGGCCUGUCCUCCUGCACCACCCACCACUUCAUGUGCUCCGAUGGGUCGUGUGUGGCGCGCGCCGUCCGCUGCAACCUUCAGGACGACUGCCUGGACGGGAGUGACGAGGAGCACUGCAGCAUCGUGGAGUUCGGGGAGAAAUACUUCAACUACCGCCCUCCCCCCAGCGGCACCUUUGGGAAGCCCCUCGGCGUGGAGCCUUUGGUCGAUCUUGUGAGGUUCUCCAAGAUCGACGACAUCAACUUGGCCUUCAACGUUGAGAUCGAGGUGACGUUGGCGUGGCGAGACCGAAACCUGCGGCUGAACAACGUGCGGAGCGAGGAGGGGAAGAACCGGCUGUCCAGGAAGCAGGUGAAGGAGGUGUGGACACCAGAUGUGGAGUUCCUUAACAUCUACGACGGCCAGCAGAAGAACCUGAAGCUGUCUGUGGUGGUGAGGGAGAACAGGCCCGCUGACCCCCCGCUCUUCAACGACGUCAGGAUGGACACGGUGCACUCCCCCCUCAGCGCGCAGUUAGUGAAGCGGCAGCAGUACUCGGCAAGCUUCUCCUGCAACUUCCUCCUUUUCAACUACCCCUUCGAUACCCAGAACUGCAGCAUCCUUCUCCGUCUGUCCUCCGCCGAUAAUGAGGUGGUGGAGUUUCAAAACGCGUCAGUGGUGUACAGAGGCAUGAGAAACCUUCCCAAAUUCACCAUUCUGAACGAAAAGGUGACACUCCUGAGCAACACGCAAUACUCCGUCAUUCAGGUUGAGUUUCAGCUGGAGCGUCGGUACAGCUUGCUCGUGCUCACCAUCUUCGUCCCCACCUUCCUGCUGAUCGGCGUCGGCUACACCACUCUGUACAUCCAGCUGCCGGCCUUCCAGGUGCGCUCCAUCAUGACCCUCACCACAAUGCUCGUCAUGUACACGCUCUUUAACCAAGUGUCCAGCGGCCUCCCUGACACAGCCUAUAUCAAGAUGCUAGAUAUGUGGUUCUUCUUCUGCAUCUUCCUUAUCCUGAGCAUCAUCGUCCUACACGUCACGGUGGAGCAUCUGCCGGAGGGAAACGCAGCCCCGGUACCUCCUCCUCCCAAGUCCGUGCCAUCGCCAUUACAGGAAAUACGGAAUAUAUCAAGAUUGUCCGUUGUGAAGGUUCGUCCCGUGGUGCCCGCUGACCUGUCUUACUCUCCGUCCGGUUCCUGGCAGGCAAAGUGGACGGCGCCCUGGGUGAUGUUCAUGGCGCGGACUGUGGUCUAUCCCACCAUCAUCUUCACCUUCAACGCCAUCUUCUGGAGCGUCAUUGUCUUCGUGUACGAGUGACGCCACCCAGGUAGUCUUCUAAGCUGCCACAUCUCCUGACGCUUGGUGACAGCCUUACGCACCUUUGGAAGAGUGCAGAAGCGUAAGGGAAUGUCCACAAAAUACUAACUGUAAGAUUGAUAAAUUUCUUUAAAGUAUUGCA